AUGGUCUGCAAGACAACAGUUCCAGCGGCCUGUUCGCUUCUCCUGCUCCUCCUCGGAGUUACCUCUGGUGUCGUGCGCUCUGCCCCUGUCUCUGGCCAGCCCAACACCACCGUGGAGCGCAGAUGGGAGACCCUCUUGUCCCGUUCCAUGCCCCGAAUCCCCGGGGAGAUGAAGGAAAUCAGCCGGGACACUGACUAUUUACUGGGCAUCAAAAGGCUACGGCGGCUUUACUGCAAUGUAGGCAUCGGGUUUCAUCUGCAAGUGUUGUCCGAUGGAAGAAUAAAUGGAACUCACGAUGAGAAUCGGUACAGUCUGUUGGAAAUCUCUCCCGUGCGGAGGGGAGUUGUCAGCUUGCUCGGGGUGACCAGCGGCCUCUUUGUGGCUAUGAAUAGCAAAGGCAAGCUGUACGGAUCUACAUACUACAAUGACGAAUGCAAAUUCAACGAGAUACUGCUACCCAAUCAUUAUAACGCCUACGAGUCCAACGCAUACCCAACCAUGUACAUGGCGUUAAGCAAGAACGGCAAAGCAAAGAAGGGGAACAAAGUGACUCCGAUCAUGACCAUGACUCAUUUUCUACCUAGAAUCUGA